AUGCUAACGGACCGUGGAAUUUACGCAGCGCCGACCCCACUAGACUUGCGGGACCUCUCGUCGGUAUUCUUCGCUAUCCAUCUUGUCGGUGGACAUAUCGGACUGCCGAUUGUAGUCGCAACGUUCCUUAUCUCGAAGACGGCAAAUCGCCAUCCCACUGUCAUUAACUUCUGUAUUGUAUGGAUACUGUAUUCUAUCAUCUACUGUCUUCUCCUUUAUCGCGGGGAUGUCUGGUUAGACGACCCGCCACACGACUUGUGUUUAGCACAAGCAGCCAUGAACUACGCGGCCCCUCCUAUGGCUGUUGUGGCCGGUCUCGAGGUCGUUCUUCAGAUCUGGAGCACCUUCCUAGAGCCAUGGAAGGAAGCUCGGCUUGCUUGCAUACCCCGUUGGGUCAAGUUGGCUGCGAUUAUUUGUCCACCUUACUUGACAUUCAUAUCGUUUGCAAUGCCUGCCACGGUAGUCGGAUUGCAUCACCCAGAUUGGGUGGACGUGAAGAACGGACUCUACUGUGGGCUUACGCACGGAUCUUUGUAUGUCAAGUACGCCGUGCCUGUCUUCUGCUUCGUCUUCCUUGUCUUCAUCAUUGGUUUCGAAGUCGCAAGCAUUGUGCAAUAUGUUCGAGGACGACAGAACAUCAAGAGGGACUUCCCGCUGGUGACAGCGAAGAAGCCUUCCCUAUCGCCGUGGGCCAGAGCCGCCCUGUUUGUCGUCUAUUCUUCUCUAGCUCUUGGGGCUGCUAUCAUGGACCUAAAGCAAGUUUCGAACCCCUUCGCAUACAUGAUACAAGCCGCCCUCCCGCUUACAGCUUUCCUCAUCUUUGGGUUGCAAAAGGUUGGUCGUAUUAUUUAG